UUGGACUUUAGCAAAAAAAUAACUUGUCACAUCUCUCGGUGGUGUGGCGGCUGCGAGCUGAUUCACAAGUUUCAGGACGAGAAAUGGCCACCAGAAAACAUUAAACCAGGAGGCGGGAGGAUGUCUGCGGAGGUCGACGUGUUGCUGCAGGAGGCGAAGGAAAGCAUCGAGGCGGCCCAGAACUACCGCAGUGAACUCCAGCAGCGUCUGCAUGGCCUCAACCAGGCCCGCAAACAGGUUCGGGGCAGCUCGGGUCAGGCCCGCGAGGUCCUCCGGCGGCACUUCGCGGAGCUGCAGGCGGCGGCGACUCGGCUGCUGACGGAGCGACUGACCACCCUGCUGGCUGAGGUGGACGCCAUCGAGGCCGACAGCGUCAAACCGCUAGACGACUGCCAGAGUCUCAUUGAGCAUGGGGUGGGCCAGGCUGACGAGCUGCUGAGAGAGGGGGAAGCAGCUCUGCGUUGUGGUCUUGGGGAAAAGGAGGACAAACUGGGCAGUUUCACUAAGAAGGCCAUGCACAUCCAGCUGGACAGCCUCCCAGAAGUCCCGGCGCUGGUGGACGUGCCGAGUGUUUCAGCCCAGCUCGACGACUCCCUGCUGGGUCUGCUGAGGGACCGGGUGUCCCGCCACGGCUCCGUCUCCUCCCACCCGCCCGUCCAGAUCGAAGAGCUGCAGGAGAGACCCGGCAGCAUCCUGGUCCGCUGGUGUAAGGUGGACGAGGACUUUGCGGCGGCAGAUUAUCGGCUGCAGUACCGGCGGUCCGGCAGCGGGGGGAGCCAGUACGAGGACGGCUACAUCGGUCGGGACAGCGAGUUCCUGGUUCUCCACCUGGACCCUCACACCGAUUAUCUGUUCAGGGUCUGCGCCCGCGGCGAGGGUCGCACCGAGUGGAGCCCCUGGAGCAUCCCACAGACGGGAUACACCACACUGGCACCGCACGAGUGGUGUCCGGGCACUGAGGGCUACAUCCUGAGCAGCAGGAGAAACAUCGCUCUGCGCAACGACUCCUCCCAGUCGCGCUGCCCCGUCCUUUACUCAAAGGCACCCACAUACUUCUGUGGGCAGACGCUGACCUUCAAGAUCACUGCAGCAGGUCAGAUAGAUCGGAGGGACAGUCUGGGCGUGUGCGUGGACAGCCAGAAGGGGGCGGAGUCACUUCAGAGAGACCAGGCUGUCUGCAUUUCCACCAAUGGUGCUGUAUUCGUCAACGGCAAAGAGAUGACCAACCAGCUGCCCGCCAUCACCGUGGGCUCCGCUGUGACCUUCGACAUGGAGGUGGUGAACCUGUUCCCCAUCAGCAACAACAACCUGAGCGAGGGCGGCAACUUCAAGCUGAGGGUGACCAUCGGCUCGGGGAACCGGGAGGUGGUGUUCGAUUGGCUGGUGGACCAGGCGGUGGACUGCCUCUUCUUCGGCUGCUCGUUCGUCCACUCCGGCUGGAAAGUGCUCGUGUUUUAAAGAGCUGGAUGGAUCCUUUAAUGUGCUGGAGCUUAGGAGCCGUCACCCAGAUCUGUUGUUCUUUAACUCUCACCCCCGAGCCACAGACAGGGGCACAAGUCUGAGAAAAAAAAGGGAAAAAUGGGAAAUUUCUCACUAGAAUUUUUCCAGUUUUUCCACAUUCGUCCGUAAUUCACUGGUCAGGGUUCUAAUGAAAUCUGGAAAACUUGUAAAUCUGCCAUCAAGCGUUGGACAGCACAUCCUGGAAAACAGUUCUGAGCUCGAUCUGCUGCAUUUAUCAGUUUCACUUCUGUUUGUUUUGCUAAAAACAGCUCGAGAGGCGCAGAUUGAGUGCGUUUACACGGAGUCAGGACGGCCAAGAGGGCGUCACGAUAUUACAGAGACUACGUCCAUUGUUUCCGUAGCAAGUCUCUCUGCUACCGCGGGUUCCCUCAGCACACAAUCCGACAGCACAGGCCCGUUAGUCAACACGACUUUUAUUAGCUCGUAGCUGCAGCCACAGAUAACAUAUGCUGAUGCUUCCAGACUCCGUGUAAACCCUGUCAGUGUCCACAGUCCUGCUUCAUGUGAACCGCUCACUAACAGAAACUGGGCUGCGUUACCCGACCACGAUCCAGCUCUUCUCCAGCCUCCAGGGAGCCGCGCUCAUCACUUCUUCUUCUUCUUCUUCUUCUUCUUCUUCUUCUCCUCUGCUUUUAGUUUUGAUUCCCGGGCCUUCUUGCAAGGACGAACGUUUGUUUACAGCUUUCUUUUAAUUUGUCGAGUUUUAUUGGAUCGUCUUAAUUUAGCCCGAAAGGAGAAAUCCUGCCAGGACGUACACGUGUUGUUCAUAGAUACGUCUUUGUGAAGCAGCAGGAAAAGUAAAAACAGACAUUUAAAAUCUGCUGCUGGUGUUUUUCUUUUUUUAUCUUAACAGAAACCUCACUGUGAAACUUUCUUAAACGUGUUCAUUGGAGGUUUAAAGGGACAGUUUGCCAAAAACACAAACCAGACUGAGUUUCAUCUGCGUGUCUGAGGAGGACGACAACGAUAAAAGACCUAAAAUGGCACAAAGACACUUAAAAGAUCAAAUUGUGUCUCACUGUGUUUAGAAAGGAAAGUUGAUCUUUUAUUUUCUGUUUUCACGGCUUCAUACUUUGUUUAUCUUGUGUCCAAUCAGGGGUUUGAGAAAUGUUGGAGUUAGUCGAUAAGUUUCACAACAGAGGCUGAAAAUGUAUUUUUAUUUCAUUUAAAUGUGUUUGUCCCGUUAUCUUUAGUGUCAUUAUCUCUACAUAAAGUGUUUUCCUGCAAUGUUGUAACCCAGAUCUGAUGUUAAAACCCUUGUUAAAGUCUAUGGAAGCCCAUUUCUGCCAAUGUGAUGAGACAAAAUGGAUCCUGAAAGUCUUUAAAAAGAGAAACAUUAUCAAUAUUUUGGCUUAUUGUCUCAACAUAAUAAGAGACUUGGUCACAGAUGCUUUUCUUUUUACCCACAUUGGCAGAAAUGGGCUGAAAUGAAACGGCCUUUUAUCCGCAGAUGUUAGAUAAUGUUAAAACUGAAUUAUCUUGAAUUUAAAAACUAAAUCCGAGCAUCUGGAGCUCGAGGAUUCAUUCUUGAUGAGAAACUUAAGAGAUACAGUUUAAAGCUCCAGAAGAAGCGAGUUAUUUUUCUUCCUAUCAAACCAAACUCUUGAGAUAAUUGAAGCUGUUUUACUGUCUCCGUGUUUCUGACGACUCGACGGGCAGAAGAAUCUGUUUUUGGCUGAACUGUCGCCUUUAAAAUAAUCCAACUGUUACUUUAUUAUUUUAGCUUUUUGCAUUGACAAUCCGUAACAGUAUUUACACAACCUGUAGUUUUUAGUGGGAGGAGCCUGUAUGAGUGCUGGUUAUUGAUCGUUAAGUCCAGUUUACACUUAAGAUGUGACUAUACACACACAUAUAUAUGUAUAUGUGUGUCUCUUUUAUCUUUUAACCAUCUUCAAAAUGUGGUUGUCUUUUCAACAUAGAUUAGCUUAGCAUAUAGCAUAUCUAAGUACAGGAAAGGAGGAAGUUGACCGAGGCUUGCUCAGCUGUUAUUGGAGCACAGAGGGGAAAGGGGCGGGGCUAUGUAAGAGUCUCUAACUCUGGUACAUCGUGAUGUUCAAUCCACCAUAUUUAUGUUACUUUCAGUUUUAUUCUGAAUUUCUUUUUUUUUUUUCAAACGAUGUUGCUUCUGCUUUUACGCUGCUGCAACAUUUUCAGUUAUUUGAAAAAAGUCCGUUUUACGAGUUCUGGAUAAAAGCAAAAGAGUGAAGAAAGUCUUGUAUUCUUGGUGAUGUUCCCUCUUCUUUCUGAGGCAGCACAUCGGUUUUAUUUCAUUGUGCAAAUUUGAAAUGAGAAUAAACAUUAGUGGGUGUUCGUCCUGCACACGCUCACUACCACUCACUUUAAUUAAAUGUUAAACAUACAGAUUGUUUUUAUCUUCUCUUUGUGGAGGACAGUGGAACCCUGGGUGGGUCCAGGUGAUGGUACAGAUUUCCUGAAGCCAGUGAACGCAACCUGACAAACUGUUCAAAGACAAAACAGUGACACCUGCUGGUCAAACCUCUGCAUUGCAUUUGUUCUCACUGCUGUCAACCUUCAUAUGUUGUUCAAUAAAGGUCAUAUUAUGUAAAAU